AUGCGAGUGACUAAGCAGCCAAAGGCGCUUGAGAAGAAAGUUGAUGCGUCACAUAGUGCGAAGAAGCAGUGCGUAGGUAAUGACAGUGAAAAGGAGAUAACGAAACAGAGCGACAACGAGUCGAAAGCGUAUAUUCCGACCUUUAUUUACGAGACGGUCAAAUACAAGCAUAAACACAAAAAGCAUGAAAUAUCAAAAGAAAUGAAAACUAUUAUUGAGUAUAUUCAGAAACAUUAUAAUAUACCCAAGGACUUUGAGCAGAAUGCCAAGUUUGGCUGCCAUAGUGGACUGACGUAUGAAAAGCGAGUGGCGAGAGCGUACUCAAUGGGUCAACUCUCAAGCAAGUGUGGUGAAAAGGGUGAAGAUGCGCCAAAACCAAUCUGUUUGACAUGCGCUACGGUCGGCCACACAUACAAGAGAUGCCCUGAAGGGUUUUAA